AUAAACAACCCCUUAAGUCCAUUCCAAGAACAUCAAGCUCCUAGAUAUAUUAAUAAGAAAUAAUCUGGGAGUUUGUGGUGGGAAAAUAAAUAAUACUAGUUCGAUCCCGGGCCGGCCACAAUGAUGAAGAACCAAAGGGUUGUGCCCUGUUUGGUGCUGGUGGCGCUGACAUGGGCGUGCGGCAGCGCGUGGGCAGAUGUGGUCACCGCCGACCAGCUAGCCUCCCUUCAAUGGGAGGAGAGCGUGUUCUCGAAUAAGACCAUAAUUGACAUCAGCCACAAGUACGUCGUCGGAAUGCCGUACUUCUACGGCGGCCCUCAUGGGCUUCAGCCGUUCUUCAAAUCUGUGUCCAGCAUGAAAACUGAUGAUAAAGCCUUUUCAAACUCCGCAACCUUCACCCUUAACACCCACUCCGGCACCCAUUGCGACGCUCCCGGCCACUUCAACCAGACGCUAAUGGAUGAAGGAUAUGAUGUUAAUUCUCUUGAUCUGCGAACUUUAAAUGGCCCAGUUUUGGUGGUUGACACUCCCCGGGAUAAAAAUAUCACUGCCGAGGUUAUGAAAUCAUUGAAUAUACCAAGAGGAGUGAAGCGCGUGAUAUUCAAAACACUCAACACAGACCGGAAUCUAAUGAGUCAAUCUUCAUUUGAUCCCUCUUACACCGGCUUCACCACGGACGGAGCCCAAUAUUUGGUCGAGAACACCGAUAUCAAACUUGUUGGCAUCGAUUACCUAUCUAUCGCUACUGGAGUAUUAGAUGAACUUAAGGGGGUCCAUCGGACGUUCCUAAAUGCUAAGGAUAUAAUUCCAGUGGAGGAUUUAAAACUGGACGAAGUAGUUCCUGGAGUAUACACAAUUCAUUGUCUCCCAUUGAGGUUGGUGACCUUAGAUGGAUCGCCCGCCAGGUGCAUCUUGAUCAAGUGAUCUGAUUCUUCAUGCCCGCCAUCUGCUACUUGGCAUAAUUCAUUAUUUGUUUGGAAGAUUAAUUGUGUUACGAUUGUUAUAUGAAUGUAUAACUAUUCUCAAUUGUACACAAUAUUUAUCUCAAAAUGAAACUUCCUUUUUAUGUCGUGCAACCUUGAGCUGGACAACCAUUGUGUUGCUUCCUUCAUCUC